UUGUUCCUUGAAGCAUUUGAUGCCUUGGAAAGCUUGCACUCUGCUGCCACCUCCCUUAGUGUGAUGAAACUGGCUUCCUGUCUGGAACGAGCCCUAGGCGACGUAUUUUUACUGAUUGGGAAAGAGUGCCCCUUUCUUCUAAGAGAUCUUCUUGCAUGUGCAGAGCUUGCACAGGUCUUUGGACAUGCUGUGAUGGAUGUGCUCAGAGUCUUCAUCGGGUCUCCGUGCGGACUCAACCUGAGGAACGUAUUGUGGCAUGGCUUUGCUUCCCCUCAGGAUGUUCCUCCAAAAUACUGCUCAGCCAUGUUGCUGCUCACAGCAGGACUGGGCCAGUUACUGAAGAGUUACCUUCACCACCACACGAAAGUCACGUUGGCACAUCGACCUUUUGUGGCUCUCACAAACUUAGAGGAUGUGAUUGUUUUUCCUGGUGUUACAUAUGAGGCGCUCUCAGCAUUAGAGACAGUGAUGACAAAGUCCACCUUUUUAUUAAAAAUCAUGUUACCAUAUUGGGAAAUGGCAGUGACCAAGUUCAAGUCGCACAGGUUUGCUGACUGCGCCAUGUUGUUGCUGUCACAGUUAGAAACUGGACUCAGGAGAGUUUUUGCUGCGGUUAACAAGUGCCCUGAUAGACUGCUCACGGCUGAGUCAACAAUUCUAUACACCACAUUUGAUGAAAUCCUGGCAAAACAUUUGAAUGAUGGUAGCAUCAACCAGCUUCCUCCUUUCCUUGGAGAGCCGGCCAUGGAAUUCUUGUGGGAUUUCCUGAACUAUCAGGAGGGCCCUCGUGUCCGGGAUCGGUUAAGCCAUGGGGAGCUCAACUUGCGUGAGUUUCCAGAGGAAGCAGCAAGCCAGUUGCUCACGUUCUCCCUGGUGCUUCUGCUCCGAUUCACCGAGGAAGACACUCUGUCAGGGCUGAAGGAGGAAGCAGCGAUACAGUCACUGGUCAGCCUUGCGGAAGGCUACAGGUCCCGCUGCCACCCAGCCUUCCAGCUGCAAAAACAGGUGCUGAGCUGUGAGAAAAGUCUCAGAAUGUGGCCUGUACUGCCUCUGCCAGAAGAUGCCAGUCAGGAAGCAGACAGAUUGGGAGGUAAUUCUGAAGCAUGCGCCUGCAGGUCCUUAAUUAGCAACAUUGUGAGUGAGCUCUUCCUCCACAUGCCUGCGUGUGUCUGUGCUGUAAGCGGAUCGGAUGGUCUUCCCCCAGAGAAGUGGCCCCAGCUGCUCAGUGAACUCUGCAGCACACGCGUUCCUACACUGUUCUGCCCCAGAGCUGUUCUGGAAGUUCUGGUUGUGCUCCGAGGCAUCAGCUCCCAAUGCCAGCGCGUAUCCGACCAGGUGCUUGCCUCUUUGCAGCUGAGACACAGGCAGUGGGCGGAGCGGAGGCUGCGCUCUAGGCAGCGGCAGAACUAUCUGCGCAUGCUCAGCAGUGUUGGCCUUUUGUCCUCGGUGCUAUUGCUGAUCUUGCUGCUCCUCGCACUGGAGUUGCUCAGUGUUCACGCCGUUGGUGGGAAAAGUGCCCAGCAGCGCCAGGAGUACCUGAGGUUCUUAAAAUGGAUCCUACAGUACGCUGAGAACCUAGCAGCCUACACCAGCCAAGAGAAGAACAAAUGGCGUGAAGCCGUCAGCCUUACACACGCAGUUUUGUUGAGAAUUUGGAAUUUCAGUGAGAAGAAACAAAUGUUAAUGCAUUUAGCCAAAAGAUCUACAAAUAAAGAUGACCCAAGCUGACAAAGGGAACAUGAGCCAGGCUACUUCUAUUCGUGACACUUGCUGAGCUAUUGCGGAGACCUUGGGGCCCUCUGUAGCAGCUGCACAUCAUGUC